AUGGCAACUACGGCCAAGCCCGGCCGACCUUUCGGCACACCGAUCAAUCCGACCACCACCAGCACGCCCAUAGCAGCCAAGACCCAGGAAGCAAGCAAUGCCCUCCGAGACAUCACCUCCGGCAUCAUCGGCGGCAUCGUGAGCAAGGUCGUGGAGUACCCCUUCGACACCAUCAAAGUCCGACUUCAGUCUAUGCCAGAUCACCUGCCACUCCAAUACGAAGGCCCACUAGACUGUAUAAGACAAACUUUCGCGAAAGAAGGAUUGCGAGGCUUCUAUAGGGGAAUCAGUGCACCCUUGGCUGGAGCGGCGGCAGAAAAUGCCAGUCUUUUCUGGAGUUACGAGGUCGCCAAGGAUUUCAUUCGUGGCUCUGGAGUCGUGGCUGCUCAGAGCGACGCUUCUGCGGAUGAUCUGCCGUUGGGUGCAAAGGUGACAGCGGGCAUGGUCUCCGGAGCCGUGACGUCAAUCAUCUUGACGCCAAUCGAACUGGUGAAAUGCCGCAUGCAAGCCCCGCCAGACAUUGCCAAAGCCACGAUGCCACCCGCAGAACAAAGCCCACUUAGGAUGAUCUCGACCAUCUACCGCACUACUGGUCUCCUCGGCUUCUGGCGCGGACACCUCGGCACCUUCUUUCGCGAGACCGGCGGCACGGCAGCCUGGUUCGGUGGCAACGAAGCACUACUCCUCUACUUUCGUCACCAGAAUGCUGUCCAACAGGGCCGUACUUCAAUCGCCGAUAUUCAGCCUCUCCUAUGGCAACAGCUCGUCUCUGGUGCCCUAGCAGGCCCGACACCAUCAAAAGCAAGAUACAGGUCGACUCCUCCAACGGUCGUUCAUCACAACGUUUCUGGACCGUGGGAAGGGAUAUUUGGCGUGCACAUGGGUUGCGAGGACUGUAUAGAGGAUGCGGGCUGA